CAGAGGGACGAGGUGUGCUUAUAUUAAACGAAGACACCUGCAGGCGUGGCCGCUCGUGGCCCAAAGAUGCCUUGCGUUCGCUACCUGCCCACCUACCCUACCCAAACAGUAGGCUGCCUCGAGAAGUUUCUACACGUUUGUUUCUUCUUGUUGGACUCCUCUUCCAGUUGCUGCCGUAUCUUCAUUUUGGCACAUUCUCGUGAUUCCAUCGCAAGAGUUACUAGCUCUUUAUGAAACCAAUAAAUUGCAUAGCAUAGAGGCUUUCUAUUUCAGUACAAUACCAGUCUUUCACUACUGUACUGGUCUUACAGCAUAAGCCCUACUACAUUAUCGGCCAUCUAUCCAUCUACCUAUACUAGUCAAACAACCUAACUCUACAUAUAGCGACUAUGGACUGGAGGAAGCGUACACCCAAACCCAAACCCAAACCCAAACCCAAGCCACCGUGCCGUUUUUUUGCCCAGCAUGGCAGGUGUAGAUUUGGGACGGAAUGUAGAUUCUCGCAUGAUAGUUCGUCGUCUCAAGCGGGCUCAUCUCAGGCAAGGGCACAUCCUGAUAAUCGCCGGGAGACGCUGCCUCCUGCCGGCGACCGUCUUCGAGAAUGGAAGCAACUACUCAAAUCGAACUCUUCGAAUUGGCGCCCCAGUCGUUCGUCUGCCUUCAUGAGCUCCCAGUCAUGCGAUCAAUUUUUCAAGCUCGCUCUUGAGUUAAUGGAAGGAGACAUUGGGGCUUCACAGGAGACAGUCAAGCUUAUGGCCCAAGAAGCAGGCCUUGACUUCAUCAAGAAUCUUAUCGAUCGACAAAUCCCCGAGGCCAGAGACGAACCGACUAAAGCUCGCCUAUGGUUAAACCAAAUACGGCCAAUGUUCCUUGUCCUUACCCACCCCCGAGUUGUUGAUUCCAAUGUGCUUGAGCAACAAGUCGCCACCAUUUACAAUUUCAUCCAGGGUAUUGGCAGCAGACGGAUGAAAACGCUAUUUGAUUUCGUCUUAGGAUUGCUUGAAUCUUGUUCUACUAUGCUCGUGGCUGAAGAGGAUGCAGAUGGAUUAUCCGCUUGCGAACUUUCGCUCUCGAUCUUAGCUGCCAUAGUCGACUGCAAUACUAGUAAUAUCGUCAACGACAUUUUUAACCAAAUCAUCGAGCAGUUCGGGAACCGCGUCCGAGCUACCAGCGAUUCCCCCGAUAAUUUCUCGAAAUUGCAAGCUGAGAAAUAUCUGCAGUACCUCGAACGACGCCUCGGGGUUGGUGGCGCUCUAGACGAAGCCGAGACAGGACAUCAAGUUUCGGUGACGAGAGCCGAAUUUAUCAUGAGGAAAGAUAUGCCUGGGCAACUCUCGGCGGACGGGCCUCGACAUGACAACGAUCACGAUGAUUUCCGCAAGAUCAAAAUCCUGCCUACGUAUGAAGAAAUUACUUCAAUACGAAAUGAAUACUUACCGACUACCGACUCAGCCUUAUUCCAUAGACCAGGUAUUCAUGGGCGUCUCGACCGAGAAUUCCGUCUAUUGCGAGAAGAUACUGUGGGCCAACUUCGAGAUGCGAUUGCAACACAGCUCGAUGCUAUGCGAAACCCUCAGCGCAAGCAAGGUCGUGGAAAUAAAAACAGUGCCCGCACUUACGCAUAUGACCAAGUUUCAGUUGUUAAUCUCGGUUUCGGCAGGAAUAAAGGCAUGGAAUUACUUGUUGAAUUCUCUCAACCCACAUCGAAAAAGACCCCUCAACAGCGGCGAGAUUGGUGGGAACAUUCUAAGCGUCUCCAGCCUGGUGGCCUCGUUUGCAUUUUUUCUGAAAGGCAAGAUGUGUUGUUCGGUGUCGUUAGCGAAAGCACGAUCGUGACAGAAGGGCCGAAAGGAAAUACCCCUGACGACGAAGAGUCUUCGAAGAAGCCAUCUCUUGCCGAUAACGAAAAUUUUGCCUAUGUCUAUCUGCAUCUUGCUGAGGCUUGCUCUAGGGAUAUUGGACAAACUCUCAGAUGGUUUCAGUCUAUCGGUUACUACAAGCAGCAACGAUGCCUUGUAGAGUUUCCUCGUGUUCUAUUACCUUCAUUCCAACAUACUUUAAUGGCUCUCCAACGCAUGUCAGCAAAGUCUAAUGUGCCCUUCGACGAUCUGCUUGCUCCAGCUGAGCAGAAGCUGGAACUAGACACUAAAGUGGUCGGCGCUCCUCAUUACACAACUAAACCAGGCUUCUCCUUCGACUUGAGUUGCUUAACGAAUGAUGGUGUACCCUUAGACCACUCACCUCGAGCUCCCCUCAAUCCCCAAGUAUUGUCAACUCAUUCUUCACUCGAUAUGACUCAAUCUAGUGCUCUCCUGAACGCGUUAUCGAGAAGAAUGGCUCUAAUACAAGGGCCACCUGGCACUGGGAAAAGUUACACUGGCGAAAAGAUCAUAAAAGUACUACUCGCAAACAAACGCCGGGCCAGCCUGGGACCUAUUCUCUGUGUAUGCUAUACCAACCACGCCCUAGACCAGUUGUUAGUACACUUGAAGCGCGAUAAUGUCAAAAUCAUUCGGAUUGGGUCAAGAUCGAAGGCGGAAGAAUUGGAUGGCUUGAAUCUCCGUGUUGUAGCCCAAGCUGCGGAACGUACGAAGUCCGAAAACGGAUCCCUACGAGAUCUAAGGUCAAAACGCGAUGAUGAUGUUCGUUCGAUAACACGUUCAAUCGCGGAUCUUGCAUCCUGCCAAGAUCCGAAAAAAUUACGGGACUACUUAUAUGUCUCUCAUCCCCAACACUAUGAUGCCUUAUUUUCCAUCGAAGACGAUGAGGGCUUCCGAAAACAAUAUCAUCCCAGUCCUGGUCAGCUUUUUACUCAAUGGAGAAAUAGCGGAAAACAGGAUGGCUCCACUCCUCGUGACAUCGAUGAUUUGGUUAAUUCGGAUCUUUGGGCCAUGACUAAUGCUGAGAGGUCACGCAUAUACAAUUUCUGGAUACGAAGUAUACGUGAUCCGUUCAUAGACGAUAUCAUACGCGAACACCGGAGUUAUCAAUACACCAAUGAUGCAUUAAGCAAAGUCUCUCGUGAUCUUGACCUCCGAUGUUUACACGAGUCAGAUGUUGUUGGGGCUACAACCACUGGUCUAGCAAGAAAUAUCGAAUUGCUCCAAAAACUGAGAUGUAAGGUAAUGCUGUGCGAGGAGGCCGGCGAAGUUCUCGAGGCACACGCUCUUACUGCUCUACUCCCAUCCGUCGAGCACGCCAUUCUCAUCGGUGACCACCAACAAUUAAGGCCCCAGAUUGUGAACUAUGAUCUUCAAAGCACAAGCCACCGAGGGGCUCAAUACUCUCUGGAUAUCUCGCUAUUUGAGCGCCUAAUUAAUCCGGAAUAUGACACCGAUCCAAGACUACCGUUUGAUACACUAGAGACCCAAAGACGAAUGCACCCGAAUAUAUCCGAACUGAUUCGAUCGACCUUAUAUCCAUCACUAGAAGAUGGAGGGGUGGUGGCCAAGUAUCCAGAAAUAUACGGUAUGAAGAAACGCUUAUUUUGGUUGCACCAUGAGUCGCCGGAAGACCGGGCAAUACGGCUCGAUCCAACGACAACUUCACACACAAACACAUUUGAAGUUGAGAUGACAGUAGCACUUGUCCAACACUUGGUAAGGCAAGGAUCGUAUGGUGCAGAUGAUAUCGCCGUCAUUACGCCUUACCUAGGACAGCUCCAUCGUCUCCGCCGCCAGAUGGGGGGAUUAUUUGAAAUAUCGGUUGGUGAGAGGGAUCUAGACGAGCUUGAAGCUCUUGAGGCAGAUAAGUCGACACAUGAUAACACAGUUGCUCAGCCACAGAAGCCUCUCGCCGUCAAGAGAACACUUUUGAAGAGCAUCCGACUAGCCACUGUCGAUAAUUUCCAAGGCGAAGAGGCCAAAGUAGUGGUCAUUUCGCUCGUGAGGAGCAAUGAUGAGAAUAAAUGCGGCUUCCUAAGCACCUCCAACCGUAUCAAUGUCCUGCUGAGCCGAGCCCAGCAUGGCAUGUAUCUAAUUGGGAACGCCAAUACCUACCGACAUGUAAGCAUGUGGGCCAAAGUGCUAGGAAUCCUUGAAAAAAAUGGAGAUAUUGGGAAAGAGCUAGAGCUACAGUGUCCCCGGCAUCCAGAUCCCAAAGAGCCUCUCUUAGUAUCUAAAGCUGAUGAUUUCUUGAGAGUUGCACCCGAGGGGGGUUGCAUUCUUCGCUGCGACCAACGUUUGCCCUGUGGACAUUCUUGUAUCAACAGAUGUCAUCAUGAGAACCUACAUAACGCUGUCAAGUGCCUCGAGCCUUGUCCUAGACUCAAAAAGGGCUGCCAGCACCCUUGCAGGCUUUCUUGCGGUGAUGCUUGCAAACUCAAGUGUGACGAGUACCUAAAGGGCCUCUGUAUCACCCUGGCCUGCGGUCAUACAAUAUCCGAGGCCCGUUGUUGGGAGGCGCAAGAUCCUUCAUCUAUCGUGUGCAAUCAAAUGGUCAAGAAGGAGGUGCCUGGUUGUGGCCAUAUGGUUGAAGUUUCCUGUCACAUUGACGUCGGCGCCGAUCUUUACAGAUGCGGAAAGAUAUGCCUCGAUCCUCACCCAUGUGGCCAUUCCUGUAAACGUCUAUGCUGUCGAUGCAAAGUGAGGAAAGGGGGUGAGAUCAUCACUACGGACCAUGGAAUGUGCGUGCAGGAAUGUGGCAGACAAUACACGACGUGUCGUCAUAAAUGUCGAAAACCGUGUCAUGGUGACACUGCAUGCCCUCUAUGUCCAGCGUCCUGCGAAGUCCGUUGCAGUCAUUCUAAAUGCAGCAGGAAGUGCCAUGAACCAUGUGCACCAUGUGCCGAGCAGACUUGCUCAUCAAGCUGCCCUCACUCGCAAUGCACCAUGCCGUGCGCUGCUCCCUGUGACUGGGUGCCUUGCUCGAAAAGAUGCGAGAAAACUUUGGGCUGUGGACACCAAUGCCCAUCUAUAUGUGGAGAGGCCUGCCCCGACGAGAAAUUUUGUCAGACAUGUUGUUCCCAAGAUAUAAAGAAAAUCAGGACAGACUUCAUCAUGUUCACAGAAUACCAGGAAGUUGAUCUAAAUGAGGACCCCUGCCUCUUCCUUGACUGUGGUCACAUCGUCACGAAGACUAACAUGGAUAGCAUCAUGGACAUGAAUGCCCAUUACAAAAUGUCAGCUGAGGAAAACCCAACAGCCAUCAGGAAUGCGUCCAACCCGUUUGAAAUAGAUGAAGUCAAAACCUGUCCCGAUUGCCGUGGAUCUCUCCGAAAUAUUGCAAGGUAUGGACGUAUUGUCCGACGGGCUAUGCUUGACGAGGCCACUAAGAAAUUUGUCGCCUGGUCUCAGAUGGAGUAUGCGAGAUUGGCAACCAGCUUGCUUGAUGUACGGGAGCGCAUAUCGGAGACACCGGUGUCUCCAGAAGGACCGCGACAAACCACUCAAUCUGACAAGAUAGUGAAACUGACAAUCGGGCGUGCGAAGCAGAUCCAGCUUAUCCAAGAUUGGCUAGGCGGUAACAGAUACGAAGAAGCUAUCAAACUCUGGCGCCGGUUAAACGGAUUCAUUGGAAAUGUGAGAAGAGAGGAGCAACCGCUCCAAAAGGUCAACGACUUUGUCCAAUAUGCUAUACAGGAACGGAGACUUCAAGGAACGUUCGCCUUUGACGAAACGAAGAUCCAGCAUGGAGCUCUCUUCCAAGCAUGUUCACUUUGGUUGAAAUGCGACAUUAUUAUCAUCUCUGAUUUUAUGGUACAAUGGGAAAGGCUACGGUCCUCCCGCAAUAAACUUGAGUUGGAGCUUUCCCAGCACAUCAAGGACUGCGACGCUUUAGCGGAAGGCGCUCGAAUGGCGAAGCAUCCUAGACAAGAAGCAGAGGCUUACAUUUACUAUGCGCAGUUCUGUGCCUUCAGCCGGGCAUUUUCGCUGUAUAACGAGAAUUCCAACGGUGAAAGCAUGGAUACUCUCAAGGAGCAAGCUUCGGAGCGUCUGGCUCUCGCUCGCAAUCUCGUCGAAGAGUAUCAAGGUCAAACUCGAGGCUUGAGCGCGGAGAUUGAGGCUGCGGAGAAAAUGAUACGUGAUGAUGUGUUUUAUGAGGCUGUCUCUGCGGACGAAUUGCGAGACGUGUAUAAGGCCAUGGCACGCGAAUUCCUCGGCACCGGUCAUUGGUACAAUUGCGAAAAUGGACAUCCCUUCACAAUUGGUGAGUGUGGAAUGCCUAUGGAGCAAGCCAUAUGUCCAGAGUGCGGAGCGGCUGUUGGCGGUGUUAAUCACACAUCUGUCGAAGGAGUACAGCGGGCGGAUGAUAUCGAAAACCUCGCUCGUGGUAUUGGUGGAAUGGGAAUCCACUGAGCCAGUGUGUAUAGGUAGAGAGUUGCCGUUAUUACAAUGAAAGAUUGAGGGAAAUUGAGGAUUGAGGACCUACCCAAGACGUAUGACUAUCGGAUGGCGCCGAUAUAGGUUUUCUACUUGCUGUUUCUAUUAUAUGUAUCUACUUGAGUUUUUAUUGACCAUUGGAUUCCAGUUUUCUGCGAGAUACAGUCAACAUCUUUCGCAAUCAGUCUAGCACAAUCACCCAGCCACUUCUUGAUACCUACUAGGUAUACAGGUUGGUUACUGGUCAAACUUGCCGUAACGACA